UCAGCACUGACACUCGGAAGAGGAGCGUGUUAAAAAUGAAAUUCUUAGCGAUUGCGUGCUUUUUCACGGUUCUGGCCGGGGUGGCGUUUUCCCUCACCCUCCCAGCACCAAAGAAGAAAAUCGAAUUCAAAAAUGGACAAAGCUACGCAAACUGCGGCCGAGUUCCUGCCGCUUGUGAGAGGAGCGGCAAGGAUGCCGUUCGUGGUUGCCAUCCGUGGCACGCGAAAGUGACUCGCAGCGGCCGCAAAUCAACCUGCGAUGGCACUCUGAUCUCCAAACGAGCAAUCAUUACAAGGGCACAAUGUCUUUUCAACGUGCUGGAUUUGUUCAGCCCGUCGGACAUCCAAGUGACCUUGGGUGCUUUCAACAUUUCUGAUCCGAACGAGAGCACGAGACAGACAGUCAGAGCCAAGGCUUUGAUCCCGCAUCCCAAUCGCGAAGAUUUCUGCAUAAUCUGCUUUGAAAAUGACAUCGGAAUAAUAAUUCUGGAGGAAAACGCUCUGACGCUGAACGAACACGUUUCUCCCAUCUGCUUAUGGGACGCAGAAUUUAACCCUCGCACUUUCGCCAACACUGUCGGAGAGGCGGCUGCUUGGGAUCCGAAAGGCAAAUUGGUGAGGAACGCUCUGGAAGUGGUUGCCUACGAUGGACAGUGCUACCAAAAAUACAAUAAUGCAGUCAAGCCGCUGACUAGCUUCUGCUUUCAACACGUCCGCACAACUGACACGGCUUGCACCAUUGAGACUGGGGCCGGAUUCGUGGUCAAAAAGGACGGACGCAGUUAUUUGAGAGGACUCCUCGAUAUAUUCGAAAACGAACCGCUCAUUGUCAAAGGAAAAGAUCGGGGAUUUUGCUCCAGCGUCGUGAAAAACUACAUAGCUGAGGACCUGGCGGACUACAUGGACUGGAUCAUCAAUAAUGUGCCAGAUGUGUCUCGAAAAUAAUUUUUUGUUGAAUUAAGGGGCUAAAAUUUUAUUUUCAAGUAUAUAUUACAUAAAAAAAUAAAUAAAUGUCUCGUGUUGGAACUAGAGAAUAUACAUUAUUUUAUGAAUUUGCAAAUUAAUCUCAUUUAAAUAAUGUUUUUCAAUGUUAAAAAUAAUUUAGUAAACAACUGGUCUCUAUACUACAUGUAUAUUUCCAUGAAUUGAUAUUGAAACUAGAAUCUGAACAAAAUUAUAAAUAAAAUAAUUGGAAUACAACUUAGUUGAAUUGUCAGAAAAAAAUGUAUCCUUGCGAGUAAGAUUAUUAAAGGUUGAAUUUGCAAAAUCAAAAAAUGGAAAAAAAACUCAUAAUGUAUAUUUAUUUCAAAUUAUUAAAAU